AAGACGACCCGGAAGAGGAGCAGGACUAGGAGGAAGCUGCUCAAGCCACCACCUUUGCAAACAAGAACCCACGAUGAGAACCUCUCUCCCUGUCCUCCUCCUCUCUGUCCUCCUCCUCGUCCCUCCCUCGUCCCAAUCUUCCGACCUUACGAACACGACCCGACCCGUCUCCAGGGCCCACGCCGAGCUGACCACCUACGGCUUCCCGAUCGGCCUCCUGCCCGCCGCCGUCCGUGCCUACUCCAUCAACGCCACGUCCGGCGACUUCUACGUCGACCUCCACGGCCCGUGCAGGCUCACGCUUCCCCCCGACAACUACCUGGCCGCCUACUCGGAGAAGAUCACCGGAAGGAUCGUGAGGGGCCGGAUCGCCGGGCUGGAGGGGAUCCGGGUCAGGGCCCUCUUCAGGUGGUGGUCCAUCACUGGCAUUAAGUCGAGCGGCGAGAACUUGGUCUUCGAGGUCGGCGGCGUCAGCGCCAAGUAUCCCUCCAAGAAUUUCGACGAGGCCCCUGUCUGCAAAGGAGGAAAGCGAGCUUCUUCUUGAGGGUAGGCAUGUUGGCGUUGGCUAUCAUGCACCACAUCAACGGGGAGAGUUCAUGCGUGACGAGCUCUGAAUAUCUUCUGGGGUUUGUUGUCGGGCGAGUUGUAUUGGCCUUCAUUGAGCUGACUUUGACCAUUACACCCUACGGUCAAACCUGAUACCCAGUGCGAAUUUUAGUUAUAGUGUUGUCUUAUUGCUGUUGGGGGGGGGGGGGGAUUAGCCUUUAUUGCUUCCAGUAUAUGCUUGAUAGAGAUGAUAUAUGAUUCUUUAUAAUUUUUUAUUGUCAACUUUUGGAAAUUUCUUUACUGCAUUGUGUUGUCAUAUUUAUAGAAUAUUAAGAAUAACAGCUGUCUACCUUUGUAGCCCAUGUUAGUUUUGAUGAGCUUUAUGGAGA